AAAACAAUCCCGCCAUUUACAAAGAUUGUUUUGAGUUUGGCUGUCAAUUUUUUGUUCUUGUAAAAUGAGCAAAUCAAAGGAUGCUGGAGUGGGUGAGGCUGUUGAGGCCUACUUGAAUAGGCAAAACAGACCUUACAGUGUUGUAGACAUUUUCAAUAACCUGAAAGAUUUCGGGAAAACAGCAGUUGUAAAGGCUUGUGAAUCUCUCGUUGAACAGAACAGAAUCAAAGAAAAGGUAUAUGGUAAACAAAAGGUUUACGUUGCAGAUCAGUCUAAAUUUCCUGAUGUGAAUGACAACGAAAUUAAAAUGAUGGACUCGGAAAUUGUUGAUCUCACAGAAAAAGUUAACAGUAAACUCGACAAGGUGAAAGCACUUGAAACUGUACUAAAAACAUUUACGAAUGCUGUAUCCACGAAAGAUGCCAUUCAGCAGCUGUCGCAAGUGACAACGGAAUGUGAAAAAUAUAAAGCUAAACUUAAAAUACUUUCCGAGGGCCAAGUGUUGAUUUCCGCUCAAGAUAAAGAAACAGUUUACAAAGGUCGAGAGAAAUAUGUAAAGGAAUGGAGAAAAAGGAAGCGAAUAUCGAAUGACAUUGUGAAUGCUAUUUUAGAAGGCUAUCCUAAGUCAAAGAAAGAACUUUUAGAAACGAUAGGUAUUGAAACCGAUGAAGAGAUCGGCGUUUCGCCACCAAAGAUUUGACACUAACAAUAUUUUUGAUUUAUUUUAUAUUGAAUGAUCCCCAACUGUGGAAAUGGAUAGAUAUCUAUAAAUUAUUACCCGACAAGA